AUGUUUCACAAGUUCAAUAUGUUCUUGAUCUCAAGUUUGAUCAUAUGGAUAAUAGUGAUGUUCGAUCUUGUGUGGGGUCAAUUGAUUAGACCAAUUUACGUGUACGAGGGUUUGAUCAGAGAUAUUCACACCUACUUCAAUAAUACAUGCAUUAUACUCCUGCAUUCUAAUCCGAAUCCUAUUGAAACGCAGGGACUUAUGGAAGCUGAUCGCUUGCUGCAUCUUCAAAAAUAUCUGAGUUCGACUCUUCAUAUACAUACCGCAAUCAUGGAUUUUCAUAUGCUUAUAAUGCGAAUCGGAGAAAAUUAUCAUCACAUCAAGAGGCCUUUAUUCGUUUUAUUAAACGACAAUGAAAAUACAAGGAAUAAUUUUGUGAAUCAGGUCUCUACGUGGAUCACAAUGGCUUAUCCUACUUGGCUGGUCUUCUUCAAUAACAAGACCAAUUUGGCGGACUUCUUCUUCGAGAUUUAUAUACCAUACAAUUGUAAGUUUAUGGUGGCUCAAAGCAGCAUCAAUGAAACCGGCAAAGAGAUCAUCACUGAAGUUUAUCAAGUUUAUAAAGAUAAAGAAUUGAGAUCGAAUCAGUUUGGUGUAUGGGAUGCGAAGGAAGGUUUGAAAGGUCCUCCAUAUGGCUUAUAUUUACGAAGAAACGAUCUUUUCGGCCAUAACUUACGCGUUGCGUCGCUCGAGGAUCCUCCUGUCAGUCAAUUUCGUCGAAACGAACGGAAUGAAGUUAUAGGGGUUUAUGGCUUUUUUGGCGAAAUAAUUUUGCUUUUGCAGGAAGAAUUAAAUUGCACAUUUACAUACAAGGAAGCCGGAUCGUGGGGCAUGUGUUUUCCAAACGGUUCCUGCACGGGUGCAAUAGGAAUGUUAAAAAAUGAUGAAAUUGACUUCGCGGCGACCGAGUUCAUGAUGACUAAACAGAGAUUAAACUUCGUCAGUUUUACAACACCCAUUUUCUCGACCAAUGUCCGUCCGUACGUUAAAAGACCAGAAUCAAUAAGCACAGUAAAAUGGGAUGCUUAUGUGGCGCCUUUCUCCGUGAAUAUUUGGAGGGCUAUCGGUCUUUUCAUAAUAAUCCUCAGCGUAUCGAUCGUGUUUAUUCAAAAACUUUUUGCAGUCAUACAUUUGCGGGAGGAUAAUGCACCAUCAAGAUUUACAGAGAUUUUAUUUUUUAUCACAGGGGCGUUUUGCGGUCAAGGUAUGGAACAAUCUACGCUGGAUCCUAUAAGAAUGGUGCAUUUAGUAACUUACUUAACAGCGGUCAUUAUCUUAGCCGCGUAUUCUGCUGCUUUGAUUAGUUUUCUUACUGUCCAGACAUUCGUUAUGCCUUUCACGACUAUGGAGGGGCUCUUAAAAGAUGGGUCUUACGGUUGUGGCGUGGUUGCUAAUUCGGCCUAUUAUGCCUUUCUUCAGCAUACAACAGACAAAGUAAUGAGCCAGUUAUUUAAUAAGCUAAUAUUGAAAGAAAAAAAAUUGCCAACGAGUUACGUGGAAGGUCUGGAGAAGGUUUGCAGAGAGGAUAAAUACGCUUUUGUUACACUCGAUAGUAUGGCAGAAAUACUGCAACAGAGAGUUAAUUGCAAGUUGGAGCCAUUGGAUGUCAUUACGCCUGCUACUAUAGCCAUGGCCGUUCAGCGCAACAGUCCGUAUCGUGGUAUCAUUAAUACACAUAUCUUGCUAUUGAGGGACAGUGGAGUUUUACAACGAUUACUGGAAACGCAAUGGUCGGUCCAGUUAGGCACAUCAGCAUCAUCGUGGAAAUCAGUCGAGAUUGGUGAUAUAAUGCCAUUGCUGCUUCUCAUAGCUAUAGCUUUGUUCAUCAGUUAUCUCGUUUAUAUUAUAGAACAUUUCAUUUAUAAAAAUUGUUUUAAACGGGUCAAGUUUAAAAUCGAUAAAUCAGACUCGAAAAACACUACAAUCGAUAAACAUCCAAUAAAGAAACAACCACAAUCGAUAAAUCAUCCAAUAAAGAAACAACCACAAUCGAUAAAUCAUCCAAUAAAGAAACAAGCACAAUCGAUAAAUCAUAAUCGAAAACGCAAUUAA